CACGAUCCGUCUGCGAGCUUAGCUGCAAUGGCCCAGGAAAACUCCGUGGGUUGACUAUUUUACCGAAGCGCACCGUAGCGCAGCGCAACAGCUUCAUUCAUGGGCGGGAGCGGAGGGUCGUGGCGGCUUCUGCUGCGCAAGGCGGGCGAAGCAGAAAGCGAAUUCGAAGGACUCCAGUUCAUCGACGCGGCCAUCGAGCAGAUCAUCAACAAGACCACACAAAAGACCAAGUUCACAGGCAGGAACAAGGCCAGCCAGCCCGCACACGAUGCCGUCAGCAUCGCGCAACUCGCCGCUGAGUGCUCCUCGGCAGUGGGCGACGAUGGCGGUGACGGCGAAUUGCUGACUGUGGCGGACCUGCUGAAUCGGCGGUGCGACAUGUUGUUGAGCAUGGAUGCCCGUCAGAGCGCCAGGGAGAGCUGCAGCGUGGCCAUAUCUUUUGUCGAGGGCGUCAGGAAGGGCCGGGAGGGCGGUGCUCAGGACAGGAAGAAUGACGAGCUGGACAGGCUGCUUGGUGAGACCGAAGAAGGCCCGACACCGCACUGUCGCUUGAUUACAUCCUGCGUCCAUUUCUCCCUCGUGCGGUGUGUGUAUGUGUGUGUGUGUGUGUGUAUGUGCGCAGAGCGGCUCCAGAAGCAGUUGGUGUCCAUCGACGUGGCGACGAAUGGCGAUGGAAAGGGCCAGCACACCGUCCCAGUGACCAUCAUUACAGGGUAUCUCGGUUCUGGCAAGACCACCCUCGUCAACCACAUACUGCGGAGCUCCGCUCACGGCCAGAGAUACGCCGUCGUCGAAAACGAAUUCGGAGAGGUCGGUGCAGAGAGAGAGACGAUGGCCCCCAACGCCAUCCCUGUCUGUCUGUCUGUCUGUCUGUCUGUGUGAGUGCGUGUCGUCAGGUGGGUGUUGACGAGGCGUUGCUCUUCCACCGGGAGGGGCCGAGUGAGUGCACAGACGACUCGCACGACCACCAUGAGGGCGAACCCGAUGCCGGCAGGGGUGUGACGGCGGAUGAGGUGGUGCAGCUGGAGAACGGGUGCCUCUGCUGCUCUCUAAGAGGUAGGUCAGACAGACAGACAGACAGACAUGGGAGCAUACCAGACGUUUCCAUGCGUGUGUUGCGUUGAAGAUGAUCUGGUUGUUGCUUUGCAUCGGCUGUGUGCGGCCGCGGCCGAGCGGCACCAGCCGCUGGACCACAUACUAAUCGAAACGACAGGUGCACACACACACGUACACACACCUAUAUGGUAUGGACAACCAACGAAACGGCACAGCAGGACAGGGGUCUUUGUGUCAUGUUUGUGGAUGCGAUGCGCACAGGUCUUGCUGACCCCUCCCCGGUCGCGCAGACGUUUAUCGCCGAUCCCACUCUCGCCAAACAGAUGCACCUGCAAGGUGGGCACCCAGCAUUAGGUGCCGAACAGCAGCCAGCCAGUCACUGGGAAACAAUACCAUCUCAGCUGAGGUUGCUCUGCUGUUGUCGUGCCUGCCUUUCUGCAGGUGUGCUGACAGUUGUUGAUUGCCGGACAAUCCGAAGGAGGCUGGCCGGCGGCGCCAACGAGGCCCUCCAGCAGCUGCUCUUCGCCAACACCAUCAUACUCAACAAGACAGGUAGGAUAGAUCCACACGUGCAGUCCUCACAAACAGAUGCCAUUAUAUAUGACUUUCUCUCUCCUCGAUGCAGACCUCGUGAGCGAGUCGGUGCUGGCCACGGAAAUCGAGUCGCGCGUGAGGGAGCUGAAUCGCCAUGCCGUCAUAGUCCGUGCGCAGCACGCCGCUGUGGACAUUGCCAACGUGCUGGGCUGCCGGCGGUUCUCCUUCGACCAGGCCACACAGCUGGAUCCAACACUGCUUAGGUACGUGACAGACGUGUCUGUCUAUGUGUGUGGAUGUAUGUAUGUGUGUGCGGGUGUAUGUAUGUGUUCAGCGAGCCUGUUGAUUUGCUGCCUCGGCAUGAUCCGUCGGUGUCCUCCGUCGUCAUACAAGAGGAUGGUGAGAUACACACCUGACCUGGGUGAGGGCGGUGUGUGGGUUAUGGGUUGUGUGUUCCAUGAUGCCUGCGCACAGGUGUGGUCGAUCUCGCCCGUGCGCGCGCCUGGCUGACGGAUGUGGUGCGGCCGUCCCCCACCUCCAUGUGGGUCAACUCCACCAUCUACCGAGUCAAGGGAUUCAUCUACACGCCACACACAGGUACACACCCUCCAUCCAUCCAUCCACCAUGUGUCACGUGUGUCCCUCCUUGCUUCGCUUCCAUCCCAUCAGGGGCUGCAUCAAUGUCUUGGGAGCGUCACAUAGUCCACGGCGUGGACGACAUGCUGACCAUCACGCCGCAGCAGCCAGAGGGCUUGGGGCAGGCAGACGCGGAUACAUCGUCUGAGAGGGCGCCCACGAACCGCCUGGUGUUCAUUGGGCGGCACAUGGGGGCCCACAAGCUGCGGCUGCAGAGAGGCAUGACCAGGUGUUUAGUCGACGACAGUGGGUGGACAUUUAUAUAGGGCUGCAUUUUUCUAGCUCUGGCAGUUCUCGAGCCCAAGGGGUGAGGGCUUGAGAAUCGCAGGUGUGUGAGGGGUGCAUGUCUGUCGAGUAUGCCGACCAUGCGAUGAGUGUACACGCGCCGGGGUGUUAGCGAUGAACGUACGUGCCAGGGGCGUGGCGUUGCACAGCGAGAUGGAUCCGUCACUGCUCUAUGCUAUGUGUGCUUGGCUGGAGGCCCGGCAAAGAGAAAGGACUUGCAUGAUGAAUGUAAUGUGCAUACCAUACAGCGGUGGGUGAUGAGGGCGUGAGAAUGUGAGAUCGAGUGGUCGGUAUGGAUUUUAAGGAAGGACGCACCGCGGCAACGGGGGCGGCCAUGCAACCUUGGCUCAUACAUACUUACGGGAUGGUUGCAUGACAUGGUCGUUUCUGGAGCAGUGGGGUGGAGGAAGGGGACUCGCGUCUUGCGUCGUGCUAAAGAUUCUUGGCGGCGUUUUGUUGCCGCUGUUACAGUGAGUGCAUGCCCCAGCUGUUGGUUGGCGGUUGGGGAACACCGUGACUAUUUGCUUUGGCUGUGCACGUCGCGACUGUCUACGGCGUGUAUGUCUGUGAAUGUCGAUAGAGAGCCCCGUCUCAGAUUUAACAGAGCGCAGGCAGUCACCAUUAUGAAACAGAUGGACAAAACGUACGUCUCAACGACACACGAUCUAAAUCUGCG